AUGUGGUUUUUACAAACAUUGUACCGCUCAAGUCUACAUCACCAUUGUCAGUAUCCAGUAAAAUUAAUAGAGCAUUUGUUCGAAUUUAGUAAUGCUGAAAACUGUAGAGAAGUGCAUUCACUUCAGGUCUAUACAUACUUCAUUAUACCUUUUCUUCCAGUUAAAAUUCUUCUUCCUGUUUUUCCGUCAGUGCAUGGGGAGGGCUUAGAUUCACAGUUUGUUUUUAUGUUUAAACUGUGGAACUCGUUGCAGUCACUUGUUGAUGCGUGUACCACUUUAUGUCCAAAUGACUAUGCUUUGUGUAUGUUGUGUGUGAUCAACAGUCACCGCAGUUGGCCUUUUGAACAUGAGGUAGUAAAAAUACGUUGUCAUCAAGUUUCAACCGAGAAAAUACCCCAUUCCCCCAAAGAUAUUUUUAAAAUUACCCCAUCUCUUCUUGGAUCCCAGUUGUGCGAAAUCAUGGACAGUGUAAAAUGGUAUUUAAGGCGAAAUACUGCGAAAGUUGUAGAUGAAGUUCUACAAUUAAUUCCUGGUUUUGUGUUUGGCAAAAUCCUACACUUUUACUCAUUAAAUAAAUGCAAGCAUUGCGACAAGAAGUUGUGUGUCUUCUUUCAUUCGAUUAAACAAUACGGAAGAGAAAGAUGUAUUCGUAGUCGUAUCAAAAUUGAUUCCCAAAUUUUGUUAAGACUUUUUUUUAUUCUACAAUCAAGUCUUAGCAGACAAGCGAACGAUGAUGCAUUUGCAUCAGGCAGUGUUGCCUGGUGCUGGGACCUACGUGAAAGUAAAGCAAAGCUAUUCCUUGUACACAUUCUUGGUGGUGGUUCCCAGUCCCCCAAAUCGGCAGUCCUUGCUACAGAUUGGUUUUCCCACACAGCGAACUUUUCUCAUCUCAAAAUGGGUUUUGGGGCUGUUGAAUUAUUAUUUAAAAAUAUUGUCCGGCUUUCGGAGUACCUCUUCAAUCAAUUCUUCUUUGCCGAUGUUCUGAGGAUGAGAAAUCCCAGUAGUGUAUCUUCGUCGUCAUGUGCAGUAAAUAAUGGAAGGAAUUAUGGAAAAUGUUGCAAAACAAAAUAUUUGCAACGCCAAAAAGUUAACUCGUUUUUAUAUGUGUCAGAACUUUUUGUUAAGAGUGAUGGUGCCUGGUGGUGCGGUUUAGUGCAUUUAAAACAGCAGUAUCCACCAUUUUCAAAAAAAUCCUAUCAGUCACACAAUCCUUCUAGUUCUAAUCAAAGUAAAUGCUGUAUAUUAAAGCGCGAAGCAUCAACCGCUCUUAAUUUUAGUGGUCAUGAUCACUCAGUUUUGAGAAUGUGUUUAAUAUCAUCUUAUGAUCAUUCUCAAACACUGGGAGAUAUUCAUCGGGAAUAUACAGAGUAUUUGCUAAAGAAUAUUUCUUUAAGCACAGGGCCAAGACUGGACAAAUGUGCAUCAAAGGUAAACAAGAACAGAUGCAGUUUAUUUUGUAAACACACGUGUCCACGCAAUAUAGCACAUUUGUUGCUGUUACUUCUGGAGAACUGUUUGUGUCAAUUAGAUGUCCCAUGCUUUAGAAAUAUUUCUAUUCCUGCAAUGGACUUUCUGAUGUCAAUUAUGAAUCUAUUUUCCCUUGAUUUAGGCAUAUAG